CAGACGGUCUGUGUCUCUGUGUCUCUCCGUCCAGACUUCUGACCUGCGGGGUGUCGCCGGCUGACAUUGUUGACGUGAGCAGAAUACGUCUGCGCCUCCCUCGCUGCUCUCAGCUGGACCUCCAUAACUCCUAAAGUUAGAUUGCUCUCCCAUGGCUGGCAGAAGGGUGGUGGUCUUCCCCUCCGCGGCGGAGCUCGGUCCCGUGCUCGCCCAACUGGUGACUUCUCGGGCUGACAAAGCCAUCAUCUCGCAUGGCAGGUUCACCCUGGGCCUCUCUGGAGGAAGCCUGGCGUCCAUGCUCAGCAAAGAGCUGCUUGCUCUGCCAGGCCUGGACUGCAGCAAGUGGGUGGUCGGUUUCUGUGACGAGCGGCUGGUCUCCUUCGAUGAUCCCGAGAGCACCUACGGGCUGUACAAGAGUCAGCUGUUUUCCAAGGUCAACAUCCCCGACAGCGGGAUCCUAACCAUUGAGCCCUGUCUGCCAGUCAACGAGUGUGCAGAGGAUUAUACCCAUAAACUGAAGGAGGCCUUUCCAGGUGAUAAGUUCCCAGUGUUUGACCUGUUGCUGCUUGGCAUGGGGCCUGAUGGACACACCUGUUCCCUAUUCCCAGAUCACCCGCUGCUAGAGGAAACAGAGAAGAUUGUGGCCCCCAUCAGCGACUCUCCCAAACCACCGCCACAGCGCGUAACUAUGACGUUUCCAGUCGUGAACUCUGCUCACUGUGUGGCUUUCGUGUCAACGGGAGGAAGCAAAGCGCCCAUUUUAAAGGAGGUGCUGGAGGGCAGACAGGGUCCAGCGCUCCCAGCGGCCCGUGUUGUCCCCACCAGCGGUGAGCUGCUCUGGCUUGUCGACGACCCUGCUGCAGCCUCCUUAACUAUCCAGGUAGAGAGGUUAGGCUCAGGGGCCAAACUCUAGAGCGUCCCAUCUCCCAAAGGAAGGAAGGAUGUCAACACUGCUGUGAAAAUCUAAUUGAAGAUACUGGAAAAUAGUGCAGAACAUUCCUAUUUUCUCAUUAAAGUGUAAUUGGUUCACAUAGUUGAGUUUGUGGAAUAGGAUAGGGAGAUGAACAACAAAGGAAUUGUGGGUACAAAUGUAAUUUCCAGCAGAAGAAUGAGUACUUUUUUGAUAUUUAUUGUGCACAUAUGUCCAGUGUGGUUAAGCUUUAUUCAAGUCCCACUUCACUCAAAGUAUUUAGCUUAUUAUUAGUUCCGUUGGAAUCUGACCAUCACUGUACCAAAGUGCAGUUUAACAUUAAAAGUCAUAAUUAAGUGAACAAAAGUGUGAUGAGGACAUUUAAAAAAUGCAACUACUAUUAUAACUAUAUUCUAUCAUUACAGUGGAAAUAUUUUUCUUCUGUUGCCUCCACAGAACAAUUUAUAAAACAUCCAAUAAAGUAUCAGCUUUGACUAAA